AUGUUCACUACUUCCAUACAAAUCAUCACUGUGAUUACAAUUUUAACUUUCCCAGCCAUUUCCGGGAAUGCACUUUCACGAGGAUCGAAGGUAAAAGAACCGAAAGAGCCAGGAUUUUGUUUAGGUGCAUUUAAUUUCUGUGCUGAAGGCUACACAUGCAAAAAAAUAAAGUGUGUUGAAGAAGAAGGCCAAAAAAUUAAAGGUAAAAGCAUUGGUCCAUGUCUCCGAGGCUUAUGUCCAAGCAAUUCCAUAUGUUACCCCAGGAAUAAUAGAUGCUACUUGACAGAAUAA